GUGGGUUCAGCGUCACAUCGCCGUCUCCUUGUUUACAGCUGGUUGUUCAUAAAAUCUUAAUGUUUCAGUUCAGCUCAGCGGCAGCGUCCUGUUGGUGUGUGUGAACAUGAGAGUCGCAGGGGAACCGUGGAGCGCGUGCUGUCUGCUGUCACUGUUGUUUACAUUUUACUGAUUUCCGCACAUUAGCAUCACCGUCCAGCAGCGAUGUACAAGGAGGGGGACGAGGUGCAGGACGACUGCGGCUCCCGGGAGGAGUGGACGCUGCUGUUCUGGACCUCUCUGGCCGUCAUCGUCCCGGUCAUCAUCACGCUGUGGUGCAGCGCGCAGCGCUCCAAGCGGAAAACGCACAUGAAGGAUUUCUUUCGCAAAAGCAAACACGGCUGGCACUACACAGACCUCUUCAACAAGCCGACCUACUGCUGCGUCUGUUCGCAGCACAUCCUGCAAGGGGCUUUCUGCGACUGCUGCAGCGUGUGCGCCGACGAGCAGUGCCUGCGCCGGGCCGACCGGAGCCUACCGUGCAAGGAGAUCAUGGCCCCCUGCAGCCCCGAUGGAGCCAUGGAGCACCGCUGGGUCCGCGGAAACGUCCCCCUCGCCAGUUACUGUGCAGUGUGCAAACAGCAGUGUGGAACCCAGCCGAAGCUCUGCGACUUCAGGUGUGUGUGGUGUCAGACCACAGUGCACGACGACUGCAUGGACAACCUUGCGGACGCAGACCAGUGUGACCUGGGCGAGUUCCACAGCCUCAUCAUCCCUCCUCACUACCUCUACCGUGUCAACAAACUCCGCCGCAGGCACCCAGACGAGUACAGCAAGCUGGCAUCUUCCUGCGGCAGUGGCUGGACUCCAAUGUUGGUCUUGGCUAACACACGCAGUGGCAACAACAUGGGGGAGGCUCUGCUGGGAGAAUUUCGCACCCUCCUCAACCCAGUGCAGGUGUUUGACCUGUCUGAGCUGAGUCCCUCCAAAGCCCUCCAGCUGUGCACCCUCCUCCCCCCUGGCAGUGUGCGGGUGGUGGUGUGUGGAGGUGACGGCACGGUUGGCUGGGUUCUGGAUGCUAUCGAUACUAUGAAGCUCAAGGGCCAAGACCAGUUUAUUCCGAGGGUGACCAUCCUGCCCCUGGGGACAGGAAAUGACCUUUCCAACACUUUGGGCUGGGGUGCAGGUUAUGCUGGAGAGAUCCCUGUGGAACAGGUUCUCCGUAACAUCCUCGAUGCCGAGGUGGUCAAAAUGGACAGAUGGAAAGUGCAGGUGGCUUCAAAAGGCCUCUACUUUCGUAAACCAAAGGUUCUGUCCAUGAACAACUACUUCUCUGUGGGACCAGACGCUCUGAUGGCGCUGAACUUCCACACACACCGUGAGAAAACACCCUCCUUCUUCUCCAGCCGCAUCAUCAACAAGGCUGUAUAUUUCCUGUAUGGCACUAAAGACUGUUUAGUGCAGGAAUGUAAGGAUCUGGAUAAGAGGAUUGAGUUGGAGUUGGAUGGGGAGAGGGUGGCCCUCCCCAGUCUGGAGGGCAUCAUAGUUUGUAACAUUGGCUACUGGGGUGGAGGCUGCAGACUCUGGGAGGGUAUGGGGGAUGAACCCUGCCCCCCCACACGACUGGACGACGGCCUGCUGGAGGUGGUGGGUGUAUUUGGCUCCUUCCAUUGUGCACAGAUCCAGGUCAAGCUGGCCAACCCUGUACGACUGGGACAGGCCCACACUGUCAGGCUGGUUCUCAAGAGCUCCAAGAUGCCCAUGCAGGUGGACGGGGAGCCGUGGGCUCAGGGCCCCUGCACCAUCACCAUCACCCAUAAGACCCAGGCCCUCAUGCUGUAUCACAGCACAGAGCAGACGGACGACGACGACGACGAAUCCAGCGCCUCUGAGACAGAGAGCCCCACCCCUCAAGACUCGCCCAGGCCCCCAGGGCUGGCCUCCGCUUGUGCAUGACCCACCCCACACAUCAUGUGGUCUGAAGCUCUUCUUAUCUUAGGUUUCUGUCUUCUUUCUUCAGCCCAGUUUCUAUUAAUCCCUCAUCUGCAAUGGCACCUAGUCAUCCUCCUCUAAGAUUUCUGAACACACUUUAUCCUCAAAUCAUGUUGGUGAGAACAGGUGUUAUUAUUUUCUCCUGUGAUUGUUUCAGAUCUUUUCUGAGAGACUGCAGGGGUUAGACAGGUUCGUUUGUUAUUGGGCUGGUGGGAGUUGUUUUCAGUCUUUUACCUCCACACUCCACAUAUAUUGUAACCCAGAGCUCAGGCAGUUCGUCCCCCACACGCGGGACGGUCAGGAGGAGGAGAAUGUUAUGGAGAAAGAUUGCUGUUUAUUUGCACUGAUCCCUUGUGCCAUAGAUAUCUUUAGUCAACUAUAAUGUAUUUAUUACACUGUAUUUACAAUUGAAUGCCUAGUGCAGCCCUGCGGGUAUCAGUGAGCCAUUUUUAACAAGUUGCCCAGGUUCAAUUGACAAAACCCCCUCAAAGCCAUGUCUACACCAACAGCAGGUGGUGAUGCUGUAACACAGGAGAGAACAGUACUGUACUGUUGAGUGUCAAGUGGACGCUACAUGCAAAGCUUUAUUGUCCAUUAAUGAAAUUGCAUUACACGAAAAGCACAAACAACACACAGCAAACACAUUUUGUGGAAGCCAGUUAUUGUGAGUGCUGGGUGAAAAGUUCAACUGCACAAAAUAUCUGUUAAAUUCCACUUUCGGCCUCCUCAUCAAUGUUGAUAGUUUUUAGUGUCUCCUGCAUUUGUCAUCCAAAGUAAGACUUUGAAAUGUGUACGUAGGCCAAAAGGUUUUUGAAUCUCUAUGGAGCAAGGGCUCUGUUACACCUGUAAUGUUCUGUCAAUCACUGGACAUUGAUGUUGGUUUGUUUACUUCAUGAUGCACUGUCUCAAGUAGCUCGCCAAACUACUGGAUUGUACUAAGAUACAGUCUUGAAGCUAAACUUAACUCUGCUGUAAGAGCCGCAGGAAACACGCCGACUGGUUGAGGUUUAUUUUGAAAGUUCUGCCAAGUAACUGUUGUUCAGAGGACCCUUUCUGUCUUUUUCCCUCUUCUUUCCUCCUGUUGACAUAAUUUGUGUUGCACUGUUUUGGCACUUACGCUGAUAAAUACCUUACACUGCAUAGGAUGUAGGUUACAUACAUGAAACCGCAAUGUUUCUACCGAUAGUGAUGACUGCUGAUGAGAUUAUUCUGUGUCGUGUUGUUAUUUUAGUUUUCUUGCAUUCGUGUUUUACCACAGUCACCACAAGGUGGCGACUAAAGACAGUGUUUUCUGCAGACAUGUCAAGGAGAGUUGAUCAACUACUCAAACCUCUACAGUUACAUAUUAACACCAUCACAUGUAUGUACUUUUAUGUGUGGUGUUCGCGGGACAUUGAUCUACCUGUUGAGUUUUAUUGGUUGCAUAUUUCCUGCAUUCUACAUAAUGUGUGUAAGAGGUCAUCUGUCUGUAUGGAAACUAAUUUGCGAUUUGAGGUGGUCCUGUUUAUUGCAGAAUUCCGUGUUGCUCACAGCCAUAUGAGAAAAGUCUGUGGAAUGUAAGUUUAUGCUUUCCAAUGAACCUGCUGCUCAUAAGGCUGAACAGGGAUCAGUUUUUUUUUUUGCCGCGUGAUGCCUAUGCUUUUGAAAUAUGCACCUCCUUGGCAGGUAACCAAGCCACAUGGUGUCAUCACCCUCUGUUUGUUUGGUGAAUGUCUUCUUGCUCAAGGACACCUGUUUGACCUGUUACAUUAUCCUCCAUCUUUACCAGACCUGUUUGUCUUGUGUUGUGUUGCACUGAAUUUUCUUAAACGUAACUGGGGUUUUUAGCCACGUUAGCCGCAUGGCUCUAGGUCAAGACACUGUUGUAGAGUGAAAUAUGUCAGUAAUUGCGGGGGUGAUUGUUGUGCAGUUUGGUGCAGAUACUGAUGGUCCAUAGAGAAUGAAUCCUGAUGAUUUUUGUUGAAUAUUGAGUAUUUUAUUUGGGUUAUCAAACAUUUCACUUCAAGACAUAAUACUCCAAAACACAAUUGCUCUCAGCCUCAGCUGUAGUUUGAGAUUAAUGCUAGAUAACAUGCUAAUAUGCUAAAUUAUUAUCAGCAUACUGCAUCCCUUUCUGCACACAAGUCUGCAGCAGCUUAAAGCCGCACAAAUAAAUAUUUUUAGGUUUGUAUGUAUAAUGUAAUGUUGGUUGCUCGUAGUAAUGAAUCCAGAAAGAAUUAUCACCAACUUCAGAUUCCCAGAGAUCUUUAGCAUCUGUCAACUGAUUUUUUAUAGCCUGCAACUUCUCUAUAUCUACUCUCAUUAAUCUUGUUUCCAGCAGCAGCAGCAGGAAACUGUUUAGGCAAUUCUUAGGCAACAAUAUGCCCACCACAAAUGGCACAAAGACAGAGUAGCUGCGUAGAUCAGAGCCAGGGGAUGAUAGAGACCAAAACAGCUAGAUAGAGAUUUGUCAGAUUGGCAUGUUUCUGCCAAUUCAAAUCAAUCAAUCAAAUGAAUGCCAAAGAUGCUCCUCAUCUGCAGGUAGUGUGCAGGUUUUUGUUUGCUAAUAUAUUCAGCAGAGCAACUUCAUAAGGAAUUCAUAUAUUAAACCUAAGGAGUUAUGCUCCGUAGAAGUCAAAUCAAAAACCUGAUGAACACAGCUUUGAACUGUUGGAAGUUGACAGUGUACCGCUGUACCCUGACAAGCUGAGUGAAACGUGCAAAAACACAGUGGAUAACCUUUGUGACAUUACGUAACAUGGCCUUUUCUCUGGCACUGCCAGAGUGGUGAUAAGGAUUUAACAAUACCAACACCGUGUCAUAAAACAAAUAUGUUGCUAGCGUGGCUAAUGACUUCUACUUGUUUUAUUGUGUGUGGUGGAGGCAUGUGACUGAGAUGUUAUACGUUCCUUUGAAUACUGUCAGUUUGUCACCUGUUAGACCGCGGCAGAUAUACAACUGUAUUUCAUAGACUCAAUUUGGCAAGAGCGAGUGAAACUGUCACAUUGCUAUCCUUGACUGACAUCAGACCAUUAGCACUCGGCUUCUGCAUUCAAAAUCUAGUUGGUCCUCACCUUUCACUAUGUUGUGUGUACCAAAAUGCUUUCAUUAUUACUAAUAUAUAUUUGAAUACGCUUACUUUUUUUGUUGUCACAUGUGUAAAAAUAAGAACCCUGAAG